UGCGUCAGGAGGAGCGACGUUUCGUCUGGAUGGAGACCGACUGAGGAGUCAGCAGGUCCGCGGAGAAGCAGCGGACAGAGAGGGGGGAUCGAAGUUCCUCCAUCAUCUAAAGCUCUCCCAAAUAUCUGCCUCCAUCACCCCCGACUGGAAAAGGGUGUGUCUCUAGGAUUAUGUGCAAAAUGCAUGCUCCCACUGGUGUCUAGCGAGCGUUGGACUCGGCUGCAGAGAUGGACUCGGCGGGGCCAGAGCGCCGCAGGCCCACCCCGGCGCAGACGCCUGAGGAGAGGGACGUGUGGAGGGACGGAAUGAGAGGCGGAUGGAGGGACGCGGGCAGAGAAGGAUGGAGGGAGGGACGGGAGAGCGGUGUGGUGCAGAGCUACAGUUUUGACUCCUACCAGCUGGAGGAGGAGGAGAUCAGCAAAGACGUCCCGGAGAGAGGCGUCCUGGCGUUGUCGGAGACUGACUUUGAGGAGCCGCUCCCUGACGACCGUUACCAUGGUAUCUACUUCGCCAUGUUAUUGGCGGGGGUUGGUUUCCUGUUGCCCUACAACAGUUUCAUCACAGACGUGGACUACCUUCACCACAAGUUUAAAGGGACGUCCAUCGUGUUCGACAUGAGUCUGACGUACAUCCUGGUGGCUCUCCUGGCUGUCAUCCUGAACAACGUGCUGGUGGAGAGACUCAGCAUGCACACCAGAAUCACUGUGGGCUACAUUCUAGCAUUGGGGCCGCUGGUGUUUGUCAGCAUAUUUGAUGUGUGGUUGGCCAAGUUCACCACCAGUCAGGCUUACAUCAUCAACCUGGUCUCAGUGGGAAUCGUCGCCUUUGGAUGCACAGUGCAGCAGUCCAGUUUCUAUGGUUACAUGGGGAUGCUGCCCAAGAGGUACACACAGGGUGUGAUGACUGGAGAGAGCACGGCAGGCGUCAUCAUCUCCUUGUCCCGCAUCUUCACCAAGCUGCUGAUCCCAGACGAGCGCAGGAACACGCUCAUCUUCUUCCUCAUCUCCAUCGGGAUGGAAAUGCUGUGCUUCCUGCUCCACCUGCUCGUGCGGCGCUCCCGGUUCAUCCGCCACUACACCAGCCACGCCCAGGGCAAAGGUCAAGACAAGGGGCACGACCCCCGCGGCAACGGAAGCGGGUACAGGGUCCACCACGACGUCACUGCGGAGGAGGUGAAAUUUGGGAAUGGUGGCAGUAGGCCUCCCUCGGCAGAAGAGGGGGGAGAGGACUAUGUGGGUGGAACAUAUGUACGUUUUGAUGCUCCAAAAGCCAAAAUCAAGAGAUCUUGGCCCGGUGUGAGAGACAUGAUUGUGCACCGUUAUGUGGUGUCCCGUGUCAUCUGGGCCUACAUGCUGUCCAUAGCGGUGACCUACAGCAUCACUCUGUGCUUGUUUCCUGGCCUGGAGUCCGAGAUGAGAAACCCCACAUUGGGGGAGUGGCUCCCCAUCCUCAUCAUGGCCACAUUCAACAUGGCAGACUUUGUUGGCAAGAUCCUGGCAGCGCUGCCAUACGACUGGUCCGGAGGUCGUCUGCUCUUCUUCUCCUGCCUUAGAGUAGUCUUCAUCCCUCUCUUCAUCAUGUGCGUGUACCCUGCGCGCACACCCACCCUGGCCCACCCUGCCUGGCCAUGUCUCUUCUCCUUAUUCAUGGGCGUCACCAACGGCUACUUUGGUUCCGUGCCUAUGAUACAAGCUGCUGGCAAAGUGGCACCCGAACAGAGGGAGCUGGCAGGGAACGUGAUGACCGUGUCCUACAUGACAGGCUUGAUGGUUGGCUCUGCUGUGGCAUACGCAGCGUACAGCUUCACCGCUCCUCCAGGAGCAGGCUUCUCCACACUCAACGCUAACAUGACCAGCUUUUGAAUGUGGUAAAAUACAGUAAAAAAAAACAAAAAACAAGUAACACUCACAGCACGAUGCAGCGUUUUUAAGGAAAUAAUGGAGCAUAUCUCUCCACUCCUCAAAUGUUGGGAUGUGAUGAACUUUUCCUUGAACUCUUCAGGAGUGUUUCACUGUGAAAUGGUUGUGUGUGAGCAGCUGCCAUUGAUAUAAGUCACUUUUAUGAGUAUGGCUGCAAGAUUAAGAUGUGCCCUAAAUACAAAGUGGAAAGAGAACAUACUGCCGCAUUUGAAAUGAUUCAACCUGAAGUGUAAAUCUGUUAUGUUUUGGUUUGGUUUACUGCAAAUUACUACAAGUUUAGGAACAUUGCAAAUACAUCAAAUUUGCAACAAUGGUUGAAUUAUUUUGAGUGUGUCUUGAGACACACAAUGUGGGAUAAAAAUGACCGUCAAAGUGCUAUUCAUGAUAUUACGAGGCCACAAUUUAAUAAAUUACUCUAAAAAAACCUGUUCAAGUCUGAACAGUACAAGUUACAAAGUGACACUACUCCCCAAAAACACGACGUGUGUCAGUUUAAUUGUCCUAUUUGUGUGCUCAACUGUUGCAUUUUGAAGUAAAUAUGUUCAUGAUAUUUUUGCUUCAUUAUUAAGUUGUAAUAAUCAAUCAGUGUUCUUUGUAUUGUAAUGUAGCGUGUCUUCUUUGGCUCCCUCUCGCGGCCGUUAAUGGAAGUGAAAGUCGGAGCUGAGUGGUACACAAAUUCAAAUGCUCUUGUUUUGCUUGUUUAUUUGGAGUUUGAAAACUAUUAUAGUGCCAAAAAGUAUUUCUUUAUAACUGAUGGAAGAAUGAAUGUAUAAUCAUGGUUGGAAGGAAAUAUAAUUCAUAAUUGACUUUGUUUGUUGCAUUUCUGUGUCAUUAUAAAGAUGAUCA